AUGAUUCAAGAAUGGCAAGACGAAGCGGACGAGAAGCAUACCAAUUACAUGGACAGAGGUUUAUUCCUACAAGAUAAAGUUCAAGAUUAUGUUGAGCCCUGGGGCAAGUGGAAGAACCAUACGGAAUACCCAUUCCGUGACCUACGGAACAAGCUUGUAGGUGACUUGUGGCCAAUGCAGUCUAGUAAUGAUUGUCGCCAAGAUGAGGGUAAAAAUCUCUUGACGUAUCUUAUUUAUGGUCUUAGUGCAGAAGCUGACAUACAGUAG